AUGGCGGAAGGAGGAAUAACAAACAUGACUGGGGAAAUACCAGAAGUCGAUUCCGACCUCAAUGAAGACUAUAAAAUAGUCAAGGGAUUCUUCAGUGCAAGAUCGCAAGUCUUUCAGGACCUUAUGGCUGUUCAACAACGGGUACUGUUAAUGGACCAGAGCCCUGAAGCAGAUCAAUACUUCAAAGGUCAAAAGGAGCGCGCCACUUCUCCUAAUACGAAGCAAAAGAGAUACUUUUAUAAAAUGAUGACGAGAGUUGGGGAUGAGAUGCAAAAUAAAGAGAAAAUCAUCCCGACUAGUUCAAAGACAAUCAACCUAGAAGCUCUCGAUAUCUGCAUGGCCCCUGGGGGAUAUUCCGCAACAGUGCUGAAAUAUAACCGACUGGCCAGAAUUAGUGGGCUAAGCUUACCGAAAUCCGAAGGUGGACAUGACGUUUUACUUCCAAAGUGGCAAGUGAAUAGGCGCAUUAACAUUGAGUUUAUGGAUAUCACCAUGCUUGCUGCUGAGAUUGGAUUUCCUCACCUGGUCUCCCAAGAAUAUACAGAUGCAUCUAAAUUCUCGGAUUAUAUACCUUAUGAGAGCCAGGCCUUCGAUAUUGUUUUUUGCGAUGGACAGGUUCUCCAUACUCAUACGAGAGUAGGGGGUUCCAGGCACGAACCCGCUAGACUCACUGCCGCCCAACUCACAAUCGCAUUACGCAGAAUCAAACGCGGUGGGACUUUGAUUGUGCUCUUGCAUCAGGUGUAUAGCCCCCCUAUGAUCCGACUUCUUGAAUCGUUCAGUCAAUUUUCCAAGAUCUCUCUUUUCAAACCAACUGUCAGUCACGCUCAUCGCAGCUCGUUUUAUCUCGUGGCAAAGGAUGUGGAUUCUGGACAUGAGAGGGCGAGCGAUCUACUUCGCCAAUUGCGAAAUUCAUGGAGAACAUCCACGGUUCAGAGUUUCAAUGUGAACCUACCUGAUGACUCGACUGGAAGGUAUGAUGCUUUCAAGACAAUCGAAGAGGUCAUGCAGUUAUUUGGAGACAAAUUGAUUGUUCUUGCCGAACCUGUAUGGAAUAUUCAAAAGCAGGCCAUGGAAAAGAAAUUCUUGGCAAGUGGGUAA